AUGCAUCCGGAGGUCGUCAAGCGCUACGCAUCGUCCAUCUCGACCAAUCCGGUCACGUCGAACAUCGGCCUUUCUCGCCCCGGUAGCAACUGGUGCUGGGCGCUGUUCGGCAUCUUCGCCCUCUCGAUGCUCACGCUCGGCGUCGUCGCCCACUCGCGCCCGAAGCGCCACCGCGCCUUCCACUACAUCGGCCUCGCCAUCCUCGCCGCGACCGCCCUCCACUACGCCACGCAAGCGUCCAACCUCGGCUACACGAGCGUCCCCGUCGAGUUUGUCAGGUCGGGAAGUCGCGGCGCCAACCAGCUCGCCGGAGGAGCGCCGUUCCCUCCGACUCGCUCCAUCUUCUAUGCCCGCUACAUUGGCUGGGCCGUCUCGUGGCCGCUCCUCGUCCUCCUUGUCCUCCUCGCAACCGGCUUCAACCUUUCGCGCAUCUUCAUCGUCCUCUUCUUCACCCUCUUCACCAUCAUCUCAGCCUUGAUUGGCACGCUCAUCAGGACGCGCUACAGGUGGAUGUACUACGUCUUCGCCGUCUCAGCCCUCUUCUACGUCGUCUGGCACCUCUUCCACCCGGCACCUCGCUCUGCUCGUCGCCUCGGCGCCGAUCGCUGUCGCGCCGUCAGGUCGGCCGCAACGAGUCUCGGGCUUCUUUUUCUCAUCUACCCGAUCGUCUGGGGCUUGUGCGAGUAUGGCAACGUCCUCACGGUCUCGAGCGAGAUGUUUUGGUACGGCGUCCUCGACUUCCUCACUCGUGUCGUGUGGUUGUUCGCUUUCCUCUUCGCCAUCGAGGGGCUCGCCUAUGAACGCUUUGGCUUCCACUCGGGCAAGGCGACGGACGGCGCCGACGACCGCGGCAACGCGACUGGCACGAACGUCGGCGGCAACCAGCCCGCCACGAUGAGGAGCACGAACGGCGGCGGCGGACCACCCGCCUCGACCGGCGCGGGCAACACGGGCGCAGCGGCGGGAUCGGGUGGAGACGAGCCUGCGGGCGCUGGGAGGAGGCAGCUUAACGGCGACGUCGGCUCGGGUGCGGCUGCUCCGGAUGCCAGGGGCGACAACUUCCGCGAGUCGGUUUGA